AUGACCACAGUGGAAGAGUUUAUUUUAUUGGCCUUUUCAGAUUUAUAUCAGCUCCAGAUUCUUCUGUUCAUUGUCAUUUUGCUUGUCUACAUCAUGUGUGUCUUUGGGAACUUUCUCAUCAUUUUUAUAAUAAGGGCUGAACCUUCACUUCAGACCCCAAUGUACUUCUUGAUUAGCACACUCUCUACAUUGGAAAUAAUAUAUGUGUCUUCAGUUGUUCCUAAUCUUUUAGCUAACCUCAUUGCUGUUAAGAAGACCAUAUUUUUCAAUGGAUGUUUCAUACAAUUAUUUGUUGGCUCUUCUUUAGGAACAUCAGAAAGUUAUCUACUUGCAGUCAUGGCUUUUGACAGAGUCCUGGCUAUUAACAAGCCCCUUCAAUAUGUUUCUAUCAUGACCCAGCGGGUCUGUGUGCAACUUGCACUUUUACCAUUCAUUGUUGGGAUUGUCAUUGCUUUAAUUCCCACAGUUUUGACAGCUAUCCUGGAAUUCUGUGGUCCUAAUGAAAUUCAUCAUUUUAUUUGUGAUUUUGCUCGCCUACAGUCAUUGGCUUGUUCCAAUACCUAUAUGAGCACACUGGUUACAAAUUCUGGGGCAAUUUUUGCAUUUGGACUCCCCUUCACCAUAACUCUUGGACUCUACAUCCAUAUCAUCAUCAUCAUUUCUAAGAUUAGCAGUGCUGAAUCUAAAUGGAAAGCUUUUUCCACCUGCUCUUCCCACCUUACUGCAGCAGGUUUGUUUUAUAUAACGACCAUCAUGGUGUAUACGGUGCCAAAGGGUUCCCAAUAUGACAGGUUCUUUGCCCUUAUAUAUACUAUUCUUACCCCUCUUCUGAAUCCCUUUAUUUAUACUUUCAGAAACAAGGAUAUAAAGAGAGCUCUCAUCAAAUCAAGGAGGUUAAAACUGCGCCAACUAUCGUUCUAA